AUGGGCCUUAAACUUGCUACUCGGAGUCUCUUCCUUCUUCUACUGGUUUUACUGUGUGUUCAUGGAGCUGAUCAAGAACAUUGGAAAGAUUUAACAAAGCAGACACAAAAGAACAAACAUGUGAAGCUGCAUGACACCAAAGGGCAUAUCAUGUUAGGAAACCCCAAGAAUGACCACGACGAUGACAAUCAUCAACGUAAUGAGAUUAAUACUUCUAAUGAUUCUGCAGUUGAAGAUAUCCCUGGAGGCAAUAAUGUAUUGAGGCUUCAUAGCAUGGAUGCUCAUAUCAACAAUGAAAACGAUGUCCAUGAUAAGGCAAAUGUUUUGCAGCAUGCUAUAGAUGACCCUGUUUCAAUUUCUGAUAAACAAGACAAUGAUGCUCAUGGAGGGACACAUAGAGAUCAUGGAAAAUACACUUAG